CUGUGCUGCUGCUAGUGAUCCACAUCAGACAGAAAAGAGCAGAGACAGUUGGAGACUGAAGGACAUCAACAUCCGUGCAAGCACCUCGGAGGACAAACAUUAUCAGCGCUCCACAGCAUCAACAUACAAAGUUGGCAUGGAAAAUGAGACUGUGGAACAAGUAAGCAUCCCCGUAGAGGAGGCCAUAAUGCAUAAUGGAGGUGGCCAGCCUAUAGCCCUUUCUCAUCCUCAGCAGGAGGCAGCCAUCUUGACCAACUUGAAGAAGUUCGAGAACCACAUUAGUGAACCACACUGCUUUUCCCACCUUCCCAAACGCUCCACUGUAGAGCUGGAGUUCAUCGACCUCUCUUACACCAUACACGAAGGACCGUGUUGGGGGAGGAGAGGUUUCAAAGCCUUACUGAAGUGCCUUUCUGGGAGGUUCUGCAGCCAGGAGCUAAUAGGAAUUAUGGGUCCCUCAGGGGCUGGGAAGUCCACCUUGAUGAACAUUCUAGCUGGUUACAGGGAAACAGGGAUGAAGGGUCAGAUCCUGGUUAAUGGGAAACCCAGGGACUUGAGGACAUUCAGGAAAAUGUCAUGCUACAUUAUGCAGGAAGACAUGCUGCUGCCGCACCUCACUGCAAAAGAGGCCAUGAUGGUGUCAGCUCACUUGAAACUGGAUGACACGAUGGAAGUGAAGAAAGAACUGGUAAAUGAGAUUCUGACUGCCUUGGGACUCCUUGAGUGUGCUCACACUCGUACCAGCUCACUUUCAGGUGGACAGUGUAAACGACUGGCCAUUGCCCUCGAGCUGGUCAACAAUCCACCAGUUAUGUUCUUUGAUGAGCCAACCAGUGGUUUAGAUAGUGUGUCAUGCUACCAAGUGGUGUCCCUAAUGCGCUCUCUGGCUCAGGGAGGACGGACAAUCAUCUGCACCAUCCACCAACCAAGUGCCAAACUAUUUGAGAUGUUUGACAAGCUUUACAUCCUGAGUCAGGGUCAGUGUAUCUACAAAGGCUCAGUCCCUUACCUCAUCCCAUACCUUAAGACUGUAGGCCUUUACUGUCCGACCUACCACAACCCUGCAGACUACAUCAUUGAAGUGGCAUCAGGAGAAUGUGGAGAUUUGAACCCUGUGUUGUUUGAGGCAGUCCGAGAUGGAAUCUGUGCAUUAGAAGAGAAGAAAAUGCAGUAUGAGAACAAUGGCUCAUUGGUCUGUGCAACAGUGUGCCCUGUGGAGGAGGAUACCAGACAUACAGAGAGCCGAACUUUUGCCACAAGCACACUAACACAGUUCUGCAUCCUCUUCAAGAGAACCUUCAUAACUAUAUGUCGAGACCAGGUUUUGACUCAUCUCAGGCUGGCAUCCCAUAUCAUCAUAGGUGUGUUAAUAGGCUUGCUCUAUCUAAAUAUUGGCAAUGAUGCCAAUAAAGUCUUUAACAACACCGGAUUCCUCUUCUUUUCUAUGCUCUUCAUCAUGUUUGGAGCACUGAUGCCUACUGUGUUAACUUUUCCUCUGGAGAUGUCAGUGUUCUUUAGGGAGCAUCUUAACUACUGGUACAGCCUGAAAGCCUACUACCUGGCCAAGACCAUGGCUGAUAUUCCAUUCCAAGUGAUCUGCCCCAUCAUGUACUGCAGUAUAGUGUACUGGAUGACAGAGCAGCCUCCUGAGGCUAGUCGCUACAUCCUUUUCAUAGCCCUGUCCACCUGUACUGCCCUGGUAGCUCAGUCCCUCGGCCUGCUUGUUGGAGCUGCCUCUACCUCACUACAGGUAGCCACAUUUGUUGGACCUGUCACAGCUAUCCCAGUACUGCUUUUCUCUGGAUACUUUGUAAACUUUGACACCAUCCCGAAAUACCUGCAGUGGAGCUCCUAUGUGUCAUAUGUCAGGUAUGGCUUUGAAGGAGUAAUCCUGUCCAUCUACGGGAUGAAUCGUUCAGAGCUGGAGUGUCCAGGGAAGGUUUGUAAAUUCCAACAACCUGAAGAGGUUCUGCAGUUAUUGGAUGUGGAAGACGCCAAGCUCUACAUAGAUUUCAUUGUCCUGGGCAUCUUCUUCAUCAUCCUACGCCUAGCUACCUACCUUGUCCUUCGCUACAAGAUUACAUCUGAAAGAUAGGCGAUCUGAGUACACCUUCCAAAAACUCCAGGACGUACCCAGUAUCAGCAGUGUCAUUCUAUAACUGUAACAGUGUUUUUGUUUUUAUUUUAAUAAUUGCUGCUAAGAAGAGAAAACAUUAAUUCUGUAAAGGGCGAAAGGUGCAGAGCAGAACAUAUCUCA